CCAACCAGUUCGCAUGCUUGAUAUAUCAAUCGCAUUCCCCCUGCUGAUUAACCAGCCCAGCCCUACAAUUCCAUCGCAUGCGUGUGCCGUUCAGCUAGACACUAACUGCCAUCACAUCAUAAAAAAGACCAGAGCAGACCAAGAUGCCUUCACAGUACGACGCGAAAGCCACCGCCAGCGGCCUCGUCAACGACCUGGCCUCUGAAAUCAAGGGCAAGGCCGUCCUGACUACCGGCGUCUCACCCGGCGGCCUGGGCGCCAAUUUCGUCGAGGCCAUCGCCAAAGCCUCGCCCUCUCUUCUGAUCCUGGCAGCACGCAGCCUAGCCAAGGCGGAGAAGACUGCAGAGAAAAUCAAGGCCGCGAAUCCCGAUGUCAAGACCAAGGUUCUCGAGUUAGACCUCGGCUCUCUGGCCGCCGUCCAAAAGGCUGCCGAGACUGUCUUGUCGUGGGAAGACUUGCCUAUCAUCGACGUGCUUGUCAACAACGCCGGUAUUAUGGCCGUUGACUAUAAGCUGACGCCCGACGGCUACGAGAGCCAUUUUGCCACUAACCAUCUCGCUCACUUCCUCUUCACCAACCUCAUCAUCGACAAGGUCCUCGCCUCAAGCGCGCCUCGCAUUGUUAACGUUAGCAGUGAUGGCCAUCGUCUCGGUCAUGUCCGCUGGGACGACUACAACUUUAGGGGUUCAGAGACGUACAACAAGUGGAUCGCGUACGGCCAGUCUAAGACUGCCAACAUGUUGUUUUCCCUCUCCCUUGCUGAGAAGCUUGGAAAGCGUGGCCUUCUCUCCUUUAGUCUGCACCCCGGCGUCAUUGGCACGAACCUUGGAAAUCAUAUUGAAUGGGGAAACGACUUUGCCGGUCUCACGGCCGUCGACCGCUCUCUUGGAAACAAGGAGGGCUGGGCCGAUUUCAAGUGGAAGACACCGGACGAGGGCACUGCUACUCAUGUGUACGCCGCUUUCGAGCCGUCUUUGAAGGAUAACAACGGUGUCUACCUGGAGAACUCGCACAUCGCCGAUCCCUGGGUCGAAACUGUGAAGCCGUGGGGCACCAGCCCUGUUGAGGCUGAAAGGUUAUGGAAGUUGAGUGAGAAGCUCGUCGGACAGGAGUUCCAGUACUAGGUUGCAGGCCUUGUCGCAUUCGAUACGUCAGUACUUUAGUAUUGUUGUAGUUGCAGUUACGUAGGUAGCUACAUGCAUACAAAAACAACGUCUGCUGGUUUCCGCCACAGUCAUUGGGACCAAACCUCAGAUAGUAAGGAGACCAAAACUGCUGUCAGAUUCAAUAGGUCAAUGACGAGCGACAGGUACGAUUUGUAAAUUAAGCAUUGAUUUUCCAUACUGACCCCUUCAACCCCUCACCCGCACUAAAGGGACAGGUGAACGUUCCAGACUAUAUAAGCA